AUGACACUGGACGAUGAUGAUCAGACGAAUUGGAAUAAAGAAAAUAUUCCGAUCAAUGAAGACAAAGCAACAUGUUGGCAAAUUUCACAAAAAGUAAUGCAGGAAAUAAAUCAAGAAAUUACUCGACAAGUCCUCUCCGAACUUACAAUAAAAAAUUCGGAUGAAAGCGAUGAAAAUGAUGGAGAAGACAAUGAUCAGCAAAGUUCAGACAUUCAUCAAUCAUCCUUUCCAGCCCGGCGAAGCGAUUAUUUCUCUGAUUUUCAAGAUAACGAAUCAAAUGCUAAUGGAUCUAAACAAGAACAGACUAAAAUAGUUGGUCAGUACGAAUGUUCUGCUGACGAUACAUCAAGUAAAGAUUUUCAUUCCAUUAAAUCUGGUGAUCAUAUUACAGUUUUAGCAUUUAAUCUUCAAAGUUUUCAAAACAAUUUUUAG